AUGGUACAGUACGAACUUCUAUCUGGGAUAGAUGCGGGACUUUUGGUGGGGACGCUCUGGUUAUAUGCUGCCUAUAAGGGCGCAUCUAUGGUAUACCACGCUUAUUUCUCCCCGCUCUCUGGGAUCCCUGGCCCAUGGUACGCUGCUAUCUCUGAUAUAUACACUCUGGUCGUCGCGGCCCGCCUGGUCCAGUGCAACACCAUACAUUCGCUCUUCGAACGCUAUGGACCCAUCGUCCGGAUCGGCCCCAGGAGAGUUGUAUUUUGCGACCGGAUCGCCAUGAAGAGUGUAUAUUGUAUUCAUAAGUUCGAGAAGAGUACUUUCUACAAGGCGUUGGUUGCGGAUAAUCACGACCAUUCUAUGACCUCGCUCUCGGAGGUUGAACAUACUGCGAGACGCAAGACAUUCGCAUCUCAUUACGCAAUGGGUCAUAUCGUCGGAUUUCAGCCCCAUAUUCACCAAUGUGUCGCCAGGUUGAUUGAGGUCCUAGAUUCCAAUUCACACGAAUCGAUGGACUGCAUUCAUACCCUCCGCCAUCUUCUGGUCGACAUUAUCCGAUGUACUGUCUUCGGUCUGGGUCCUGUCGCGCUUGACGACUUGGCUCAUAAUGUGAAGAAUCCCAUUUGCGAUGCCGCACGAGACUUUUUUCUUCGAGCUAUCUCGCAUAGCGCGAUACCGUCCGUUGCCUGGUCGGCUCUUGCUUAUCUCCCACACCCUCGCUGGCAAGAAAUCUAUCGUGCUGAUAACAUCCUAGCAUCAUUUGUCAGGCAACGUCUGUAUGAACUUCGAGCCGAAGCACAUCUGUCUAGUGUCGACGCCAGCCCUCAUGACAGCCCAACGCCACUGAUGAUACGCAUGGUAGCGCAACAGCUGUCAGGUUUCAAGGACGCUUUAUCUGACCAAGACAUCGUGUCAGAAUGCAUCUCUCAUCUCGUUGCCGGCGUGGAUACCUCCGCUGCCACAAUCGGUUUCAUGCUCUGGGAGCUCAGUCGCCGUCCCGAUAUACUGCAACGUCUGCGCGAUGAGCUUGACGACGUCAUCCCUGACCGCAGAGCGAUUCCCGAUUAUACUACCCUCGCGAAACAGCCGUACUUGACCGCUUGUUUAAAUGAAGGUGCAUUGCUAUCGGUUCCACAUUUACCAGCUAAUGGUGAUGGCAACUGUGUGGUAUAUACUGAUGGUCUCAAUCUCCCUUGCGGUGCAGGUUUCCGGAUGUACGGCGCUGUAUCAGCCUUGCUCGAGCGCGUCGUGCCCGGUAAGGAUGCCUCUGGCGUUUGUACGGACUCUUUCGACAUCCUAGGCUUCCAGUUGCCUCCUGGCACGAUCGUUGGCACCCAAGCAUGGAGCAUGCAUCGCGAUCCGGACAUCUUCCCCUGUCCGGAGCUAUUCCACCCCGAGCGCUGGCUUCCCUCCGAGAAUUCGGACUUCCAUGAUGCAGACCGACUGGCCAGGAUGUCCCAGUACCUGAUGCCUUUCGGAGCGGGUACGCGCGCAUGUCCUGGGCGCUACCAGGCACAGCUCAUCUUCCGAGCAACUCUCGCGGCGCUCGUCCUGAACUUCGAUCUGUCCGCAAACCCGGUAGAAACAAAUGCGGACACAAUGGCGCCCCGCGAUGCAUUCAUGGUUCAACCAGCUUCUCGAGAGUGCAGGCUGAUGUUUUCACCGCGCCCUCAGUAA